GCGUCAUCGGGCGCCGCCCGCGUGGGCGUGGCCACGGGGGUCACCAGCACCCUGCGCGCAGCGAUCAUGGUCCCUGCGGCCGCCGGCCCUCCGGAGGUGGUUCGCGCGGCGCAGAAGGACGACUACUAUCGCGGCGGGCUGCGGAGCGCGGCGGGCGGCGCCCUGCACAGCUUGGCGGGUGCGAAGAGGUGGCUGCAGUGCAGGAGAGAGAUCGAGCUGCUGUCGGACGUGGCCUACUUCGGCCUCACCACGCUUGCAGGCUACCAGACCCUCGGGGAGGAGUAUGUUGGCAUCAUCCAGGUGGACCCGUCCCAGAGCCGAGUGCCCUCGAGGUUGCGCCGUGGCGUGCUGGUCGCACUGCACACCGUCCUGCCCUACCUGCUGGACCGGGCCUCGACGCACCUGGAGCACGAGCUGCAGGCGGACGCCGCCGGCGCCAGGCCCUCGCAGGGCAGCCCGGCAGCCGACAGGCGCGGCCGGCCGGGAGCGAGGCUCUGGGUGCAGCGGCACGUGGCCGCGCUGACCGAGCAGCAGAAGAGGGUGCUCCUGCGGGCCGUGUUGGUGCUCAGGCAGAGCCUCGCCUGCCUCCAGCGGCUCCAUGUUGCCUGGUUCUAUAUCCACGGUGCCUUCUACCACCUGGCCAAGAGGCUCACGGGAGUCACUUACCUUCGCGUGCACUCCCCACCUGCAGAGGACACGAGGGCGCGUGAAAGCUACAGGCUGCUGGGGUUCAUCUCCCUGCUGCACCUGGCCUUGUCCGUGGGCCUGCAGCUCUACGGCUUUCGGCAGAGGCAGCGCGCGCGGCGGGAGUGGAAGCUACAUCGCGGCCUGUCUCAUCGCAGGAGCCACGUGGAAGAGAAAGCCAUUUCCAGAAACCCCCUGUGUACUCUGUGCCUGGAGGAGCGCCGACACUCAACAGCCACGCCCUGCGGCCACCUGUUCUGCUGGGAGUGCAUCACCCAGUGGUGUGACACCAAGACGGAGUGCCCUCUCUGCAGGGAGAAGUUCCCUCCCCAGAAGCUCGUCUACCUGCGGCACCACCGCUAACCUGACCGAGGGCAGAGGAGCCCACGAGUCUUUCUUCACGCCGGGAGAAUCCUGAUCCGUUCCCAAGGUCAACUUGCACAGAAAUCACAAAAUUCUCGAGUUUCACUUCACAUCACAUAAGCGACGCUGCCAGCAGCUCCGGCAGCAGAGGCCGGACCUGCUGGCGAAACGGCCGGUCCGGGGCCUUCGGGCGGGAAGGAGGCCGGGGCUCCCCGUUCUGUGGACCCCCGAGCCCCCGGCAAGCAGCGGAGCCCCCCUUGGGGACCGGCUGCACCACAUGCCCGACGCGGCACAACCAGGUCGCUUCUGGUCUCCCUCCCUUCCCCAGACCGUUCACGUGCCGACAGCGGCUCUGUAGGAGGCACGUGGUCAGGGUUUGGCCUGAAGGGGCAAGUGUGGCCAAGAGCAGAGAACGCGGCUCAACAGUCACCGAGCCGCCAGCCCCGAAGACCCAAAUCCUCGCCCUGGUCACCAGAGGCAGGCUGCCGGUGGCUCAGGCACACCGUUCACGGGAGUAGAGAGACUCCGAGGGGCUGUACCUCCACCUGAGAAGGUCAGCACGUGCCUUUUAACACACAUGCGUUUGUUUCCCAUCUUAGAAAACGAAGUCUGCACCUCGGCUGAGGUCUGCCCGGAGUUCCGGGUGCACAGCCAGCCUGCCCGAGAGGGUCUCUGCUUUUUUAACACCUAACCCACAGCCGCUCUCAGAGCUCAGUCUCCCCGAGGCUUGGCAGGCCGGCUGCACACACCAGGUCACCGCUGUCUAGCCUUUUGGUUACUUUUAGGUCUUUAAAAGUAUUUAGUUUCUGCCAGAGACGGGACAUUGCCACAAGCUUCUUUAGGAGACCAGCUCCACAGAAGUGUAGGAAAGUUCAGGCUGUUAAGGGUGAACUGAAAAUCAGAUUCGUAAAGGGUAAGAACCUGUGGUCAGGAUGUCACAUUCCCUGUCGCGUCGUGGGCUUGUGAGAGAGGCCUAUGCAGAGAGUUCCGGAAUCUGAUGGACUGGACACGGUUGUUCGGGAAUACACGGCUCCUCGGCUGACAGAGCUCACCGCCUGAGACAGGCCCCAUGACCCUGCCAGACAGAAGCCGACCUCCGGAUGGAGAGAAGCCUGAGAGAGGCUCCACGGUUUGAGGCCCAUUACCUACGCUCUCACCGAGCGCAAACAAUUUCCCGUCACAUCUGCGGCCUGAGCAUUUGCUAGGAAAACAGGAUGAAGAAUGAAAGUGUCUGGAGUUUGAGCAUCUCCAGAGCUACAGUGUCGCCUCAGAAGUAUGGAUUGAGAACAUCAUUUAAAUACCAAGAUUAAAAUACCGAACGACCUACACAAAAGGUCUGAAUCGGGCCCUUCAAAGCAAGAGGAGCUCAAUUUCAGAUCUGCACGAAUUGGCAAAAGAAAAGCCAGACAAUAAACAUUCAGUGCCUAAACCCCUAAGAUGGAUGGGACACUGGUCAGUCAGAGCUGCGCGCCUGCCCCCCCCCCCCCGAAGGGCAGGAGGAAGCCCCCGUGUCUGCACCUCAACACCCACCCCCACCCCCGGGGCCACCCCACUCACCCCUGUGGAGGCCGUGCGCCUCCCGGCCGGGUUUGCUCAACACUGGUGAGCUGCAGUGUUCCAGAUAAAGACUCCACAAGAAGGGGGACACUGUCUUUAAUAAAGUUGGAAUUAAAAAGUCA